GGAAAGAAUAACGAACACUAACCAAUAGUAUAUGUGGGAGGGGUCGCGUCGUUAAAAUUCGAGAGCCCUAAUGGCCGCAACCAUGAUGAGGAAAAAGUCAGCUUCCGAGAUCGGCUCUAAAUCACCUUUGGUCCGGAGUUUCUACCGAAACAUGUCGUUGGGAACGUACUGCACUCUUGUGCUGCUCCUCGCCUCCUCCAGCAGAUGCCGGGGAGACGAUAGCCACGAAAUGGAGGAGUUUCUCAAGAGGGAGCACUCGCUGAUCAAGCCGUAUCAGGGUGUGGGGUCCUCCAGCUCCUCCCACUGGGAGCUCAUGGGAGAUGCCAUGAUCACCACGGACCACGUGCGUCUCACGCCUGACAUGCAGAGCAAGCAGGGGGCAGUAUGGAGCCGCAUUCCCUGUCACCUUCGCGACUGGGAACUCCAGGUGCACUUUAAGAUCCACGGCCAGGGGAAGAAGAACCUGAACGGCGACGGGCUCGCAGUGUGGUACACCAAGGAGCGCAUGCAGACAGGACCUGUAUUUGGGAACAAAGACAAGUUCGUAGGACUGGGUGUGUUUGUGGACACCUACCCCAAUGAGGAGAAACACCUUGAGGCGCAGAAGAGGAGGUAUACUCCCCGUACGCAGAGGAUCUUCCCCUAUGUUUUGGCGAUGGUGGGAAACGGGAGUUUGAGCUACGACCACGAGCGUGACGGGAGGCACACGGAGCUGGGCGGGUGCACCGCUGUGGUGCGAAACCUCAACCACGAGACCUUCAUCUUCAUCCGAUAUGUGCGCCGCAGGCUGACAGUCAUGAUCGAUGUGGACGGACAGCACGAGUGGAGGGACUGCCUGGACAUCCCGGGUGUGCGCCUGCCGCAGGGAUACUAUUUCGGCGCCUCGGCCGUCACCGGUGACCUUUCGGAUAACCACGACCUGAUAUCCAUGAAACUGUACCAACUGACAGUGAUUCGCAGUAAAGAGGAGGAAGAGGAGAAGGAAGAAGAGAUCACAAUUCCCAGCGUGGACAACCUAGAACUGCUCAAAGAGGACCCUAGCGAAGGACGCAUGAGUGGGAUCGCCAUCUUCUUCACCGUGCUCUUCUCCUUGCUGGGCUGCAUCUUCCUGGUGGUGAUUGGCCUGGCCAUCUAUAGCCAUUGGAACGAGAACAGUCGCAAGCGCUUCUACUGAUGCGGCGAGAGGCGGGGGACCGCUUCCCCAUCCAAUAAGGAGACUGAUCCUGCCCGUCACUUCCAAGUCAGUGAGCGAAGGUGCAACCCCCAGAUCACACCAAGACAGCUCACUUUCGCGACCUGAUUCCUCGCAACCGCCCUCGCCUCCUCUUGCUUUCUUUACGAAUCCCGGAUGUGGAGGGAGAAUUCCCCAUGAGCUCCACACCCCCCCGUAUCUCCGCAGGACCCACUGGGGACUCUCAGAUAUUUUUCCUACAGAAAGAGAAGCCUGCGGACAGACACAGCCUGUGGACCUUCACACCCCGAGCGAUUGGCUUCUCUAAUACGCGUCCUUCCCUUCGGGGUGUGGAGAUUGCCUAUUCUCUCUGGCACAGAUGAGGAACAGUGAUCAUUGUUCUUGCAUAUAGGUGUUCAUGUGCUUAGUGCAGGCUGAUGUUACAAAAUUUGUCUUUUUUGUUCAUUUAAUCAUCUCUCCAUCGUAAGGUGUUCUUUCUAACAUCCAUCCGCUAUCAAUAUCCACUUGUCCAGUGCGGGGUUGUGGUGGUCCAUAGUGUUUCCUGGAGGCACAGCACACAAGUCAGGGCACACCCUGUACAGGGCACUGUUGGAAAACAAUCAGUGGUUCAUUUGCUCACACACACACACUAAGGGAAACUGAGUCAUCAACUCAAACCCAAAUAAACUAACAAUUUUAAAUCCAGUUUUUUUUUUUCUUGUUCAAUCCAAAUGUCCGGUUGUGACUGUAGACAUGUAAAUGCUUGAACUGAUACUGCUUUGUACAACAGACAUGAUGGCAAUGGCAACUAGCGCUGUAUGGUUUUGUGAAUCACUCUGUGGCUUUAAUAGUAUUCUUGAUACAUACACCAUAUCAUACCUCAUGCAUUCAAGGAAUGUGACCACAAAUGAUCUUCUUUCAUUGAUGGUGUGUCACUUCAGCUGCACUUCCCACCGGCAAAGGAAUGGUGUCAAACUUUUCUGUAUUUGGUAGAUGGAUCUUCUUUUCCCUUCUGUGCCGCUUCAUCCUCCAUCGCAGUUAUGUACAUAUAAAAUUGCCUUUUUGUAAUUUGUGUUUGGAUUUUCUGUGAAAAAUGUCGUCUUUAGCCACGUGUAAAUGAGUACAUGGUAAGUCUUCUUGAAACCACUGUUGCUCAUGCAGGACAAGUUGUCUCCAGAGCAGCUUUAGAGAAACUUAAUUUACUGCAUCGUGUAUAGUCUAAUGUAUUGUUUAUGAAAACUAUCACAAACACAAGUAUCGUGACUUUCUGCUGUGACAUUUUACUGCACUCCCAAUAGGUUUAUAGUUGUAGAGUAAUAGGAUUGACCAGGAUGCUGCCCUAGGUUUGCUUUCCUCAUUAGGUGUGCCCUUGUUUACUUCUGCCCCGAUCUGAACCUGAACCGAGCUCAGAUAUUUGCCACUUUACCUUGUUAUUCACCUUGUUGUUCAAGCCACAGGUGCCUGUGAUCCUGCACCGUUUGCUUCGCAGUGACAGGGCGGCAGGUUCUUCCAGUGAGGAACACGGCGUUGCCCCUUGUGUUUGCCUCCAUCGCUGUGUGAAACCCAGGAGACGGACUAUACUUGGGUCUCCUGAGAUGUUUCACAGUUUGUUCCUGCUAUGAGUCAUGGGCAGAAGGACAGUAACGGCUCUCUAUGACAAGUUCAGUGUUGCGCAUUUACAUUUAUUAAUUCAGCAGAUGCUUUUUCCAAAGUAAACAAAGUGCAUUUCACCAGCAGGCGGAGUAGAGAAUAACCCAGCAGCUGGAUUCUGGUUUCACCAAGUUUCGACGUUGGCCAUGUACACAGUUCCAGUGAGGAGGUUUCAGAGGGAGCUAUGACCAGUACACAGGAUUGUUAAAUACGUGCGAGGUUAUUGCUCCUUUUUUCAUCCUUUUCACACUUAACUGAAGCAGAGUAAAUGGUGAGGGAGAAGAGCAUUUCAGAGGUGCAUUUCAGCUGAAUUCUGAGGAAUGUCACAGUGUUAUGAAUGGAAAAAAAAUUGAUUGGUAAAAGAGAUAUAAGCCUUACCCUGGUGCUGAUUGUGAAUAUGAAAUAGGAGAAUCUGAAUUGUGAAUUUUGUUCAUGUACUGGCAGUAUCUCCCUAACAGGUGCACUGAUUUCCUGUUUUUUGGCAUUCCUUUGCGCUGGAUGCCUGCAUGUUUGUUUGUAUCGAGCAAGUGUGUCUAUUGUUUGCUCCUGCUGUCUAUUUUUUUUGUCCCCCCAAUAAAAAAAAAGGAGGGUUUUUAACUUUAACGUUCUUUGUUUGUACAUUUUUCUCCUCUUCACCACUGGUUUAAAAUCUUUAACAUUUGAAACCCUUUAGAGUCCAAGCUGGCCAACACACCAAAAUUAUUAAAAACACAAUACAUACAAUAAUUUACCUAGUUAUACAUCUGGUGUAAUUUUU